AGCAGGAAGAAGGCAGCCAAUCUUCUAUUCCAUCUAGCUAAUUUUCUGAGAAAGAAAAAAUGGCUACCAUUCCAUCAAAAACCCAACUUUCUACUGAUUCUCGUUCUAACAGCUUGCCCGCCAAACUACACCCUGUAAUCUCACAGGUUGAUGAGCAUCUUAGCAGGUUGAGGACAUCUGAAUCUGCCUCUACAUCCUCAUCAAUCAGAAAAAGACUAAGUAGCCUUCAAGAUUUGCAUGAAUGCAUAGGCAAGCUGCUUCAAUUGCCUCUUACUCAGCAAGCUUUAGCCCAAGAGCAGAGUGAGAAAUGGGUGGAGGAGAUGUUAGAUGGAUCUUUGAGGAUCUUGGAUGCUUGCAGCACUGCCAAGGAUUCCUUGUUGCAUACAAAAGAAUGCCUGCGCGAACUUCAAUCUAUUAUGCGCAGGAAAAGGGGAGGUGAAACAGCAUUCCUAAUUGAGGUUAGGAAAUACUUGGCCUCCAGGAAAGUGAUGAAAAAGGCAAAUCAGAAGGUGCUGAAGAAUUUGAAGGGCAUGGAUAACAAAUGCAACAAUGAUGAUGAAACUCUUGCCAUGGUUAGAAUGUUCAAAGAGAUAGAAGGGGCUGAUAUCACCUUGUUUGAGUCCUUGUUGUCCUUUAUCUCAGGGGAAAAGGUACAAUCAAAGGCAAGCAAAUGGUCUUUGGUUUCCAAGCUGGUGCACCACAAAAAAGUAGUAUGUGAGCAAGAAGAAGAUGAAAAUGAAUUUGAAAAGGUAGAUGCUGCACUGCAAUUCCUCAUUGAACAUAAAGACAGCAAUAGCCAGAUUGAGGAUGUGCAAAAGGAGCUGCAAAAUCUUGACUCCUGCAUUCAAGAUCUUGAAGAAGGACUCGAGUGCCUCUUCAGAUGGUUGAUAAGGGCUAGAGUCUCCAUUCUUAACAUCCUCAAUCACUACAAAAAUAUGUAAAAUGCAGAGAUCACAUAUUGCUAUGUAACAUAUCUUUUGAUGAAAGUCACACUCUUCAGUACAAAAUUUUAUUACUUAUUUUUUCUCAUUCCAUAGAAUUUAUUUUCAUCUUGGUAAAGAAACUCCUACUUUACCAAACAACUACGUGUUCUAUGAUGGGUUAGGUUUUCCUUUUUCUAUUUUGAACUUUUUUUUCCAUGUUACUACAAUCUACUCAGAUUUUAAAUUGAAAAGGAAGAACAAGAUACCGUUGUAAUGAUCCAGUAAAAAUUUGAAGAAUAA